UAAAAAGAAAUACUCUGGUUACAUCUCAUUUGAUUUUAUUAACUCCUUGAAUUACAUUUUUCUUUUGGCUUAUUGAUUUUUAUGUGGUACAUUAGAUACAUUAGACCUGUGAACUGCAGCGUCCAUGGUCCCUGGGUCAACGUAUGUGAGAAUGCAGUUUGUAUGAAAAUGUGCAUAUAGCAGACUUGAAUUGAGUUUAAGUGACAUGAAGUCUAUGCAAUCAAAAAGCCUCAUCAUGCAGUUUAAAUAAGAUUCUUUCUCUGUCUAUUUGAGUAUGUGAAGGCCUCUUCAAUAUCCAGGGAAAGAGAACAAAGUCAAGAUUAAAAGUCUGAAUAAGCAAAAUAGAAACUGCAGAUGCACUUGUUAGAACAAGUUCGAGGAAGCAUUUACUGGCUUCUCUGUCAAAUUAAAUGCAAACAUUUUGGAGUGGACACUAAAAAGAAAAUUACAGAAUGAGACAAUCACACACUUUAAAAAAAAACAGAGCUAGGUUUGAGUGGAAAAAAUGAAUUCAGAAGCUGAGUCAGCUCUUCCAUUUAUAACCCCCCCCCCCCCCUCCAUCCUCACUGCGCUGAUAACUGUGAGACAGAAACAGGUGGACUUGAGCUGCUAUUGAGCAGGUUUCUCCACGACAUACACACACUGUAAGCAGAGGGGGGCCUGAGGGUUUAAAAGAGCGGUGGGCAGAGAUGUCCAGUGCAGAAAGUUUCGGUAGACUGCAAACAUGCUCAGGUUCCUUUUGUUGACCUCUCUGGCAGCCCUCGUGCUGGCCGAGCUGGAGCCCCAGCCCAGGUUCCUGGAGGACACUGCUGAGGAGAGAGUUGUGGGUGGUGAGGUGGCUAGACCUAACUCCUGGCCCUGGCAGAUCUCUCUUCAGUACAAAUCUGGCAGCAGCUUCUAUCACACCUGUGGAGGAACCCUGAUCAAGAGAGGAUGGGUCAUGACCGCUGCUCACUGCGUGGACAGUUCCAGGACUUGGCGUGUUGUUCUCGGAGAUCACAACAUCAACUCCCACGAGGGCGGAGAGCAGUACAUGAGCGUAAGCCGCGUCUACAUCCACCCCAACUGGAACUCCAACAAUGUUGCUGGAGGAUGGGACAUUGCUCUCCUGCGUCUGUCUUCUGAUGCUUCCCUCAACAACAAUGUCCAGCUCGGUGCCCUGCCCCCCUCCGGUCAGGUCCUGCCCCACAACAACCCCUGCUACAUCACCGGCUGGGGUCGCACCCAGACUGGCGGUCAGCUGUCUGCCCAGCUGAAGCAGGCUUACCUGCCCGUUGUCGACCACAAGACAUGCACUAGCUAUGGCUGGUGGGGCAGCACCGUGAAGGACUCCAUGGUCUGCGGUGGAGGUGGUAGCGACUCUGGUUGCCAGGGUGACUCUGGCGGCCCCCUGAACUGCAGCGUCAACGGCCAGUGGGUCGUCCACGGUGUGACCAGCUUUGUGUCCUCCUCCGGCUGCAACGCCUACAGGAAGCCUACCGUCUUCACCCGUGUCUCUUCCUACAUCAGCUGGAUGAACGGCAUCAUGGGUUGAGAAGAAGGACCAUCUCCAUGGAGACGAGCGAACACCCAGGAUUCAUCUCAGUUUCUGCCAAACUCUGUCAGAAUAAAAUCUCUGAUAAAUGUGGA